GCUCAAGCGUCGCUCCAGGAGACCCAAAAGCUCGCCCUGUCAGUUGUUUGUGCGACAGUCGUGCGCGCAGCCGUUGCUGGCUUUCAGCGUCCCGCGUUGGCGCGCACCAGGCAGGGAUGGCUCUGCAGAGGUGCGAUGACGUCCCCGCGCAUCUCUGGGCCGUGUUGAAGCAUGCACGACGCGACAACAACCGCACCUGCCAACGGCCAUCCACACUUCUGCGCCUACCCGCCCGCGCUCCCGACGACGAUGCACCCAUAGCCGCGACAUGUAAAGGCGGCCGCCGCACUCUAUCAAUAUGGACCCCAACAUCACCAAAGCGCUUAACGAUAAGCUCUACGACAAGCGCAAAAGCGGCGCACUCGAGCUCGAGGGCCUUAUUCGAGAUGCACUCAAUGCGCAGGACCACGACCGGAUAGCCAAGAUCGUGCACGAGCUCUGCCACCACUACGCAUAUGCCGUCCACCAGCCUCACGCCCGCAAUGGAGGCCUCAUCGGUCUUGCUGCGGCGUCAAUAGCACUGGGACCUGAAGUCGCACGCUACCUCGAAGAAAUCGUCCCCCCCGUCCUCGCCUGUUUCUCCGACUCAGAUGCUCGUGUCAGGUACUAUGCAUGCGAGAGCAUGUACAAUAUUGCCAAGGUCGCAAAGGGCGAAAUACUUGUCUAUUUCAACCAAGUGUUCGAUGCGCUGUGCAAGCUGGCCGCCGAUUCGGAGUUGUCAGUCAAGAACGGAGCUGAGCUGCUCGAUCGUCUAGUCAAAGACAUCGUGUCCGAGUCCGCUGCCUCAUACGUAUCUGUCCUUCACCUACUCAACGAAUCACCAGGUCACCCGGACGACUCUCCCGACCAUCCUGCGCACCAUCUCGAGACUGCCUUCAGCCUCGAACGAUUCUUGCCCCUUCUUGAGGAGAGGAUAAAUGUCAUCAACCCGUUCACACGCUCAUUCUUAGUCGCUUGGGUAACUUUGCUCGACUCCAUACCGGAUCUCGAGCUCAUUGCUCACCUACCCCGUUUCCUUGGUGGGCUGUUCAAAUUCCUUAGCGACUCAAACACAGAUGUAUAUACCAUGACACACGUUGCGCUCGAGAGAUUCUUGAAUGAGAUCAGGAAGAUCGCGCGGAUCAAGAAAGGCAUUGCAGAAAGCAAGAGAAGUCAUAGCAAGGACGGCCGAAGACAGUCCACGUCAUCAAGCACUCGCAGCGACAUCGGUGACGAGAGUGAAGCCACGGGCAGCAUACCGCUUGACCACCAAGCGUCCGUUGAAGAGGGCGACCACACAACCAUUGGCAGCGAGUCAAUGUCAGGUGAUAGUGGAAAGUCUGUUAACGGAGAUGGCGAUUGGAUCCCUGGGCAGGAUGUGCACGUUGAUCACCCCAAGAUUCUUGAGAUUCUUGUGGGCUUUUUGAGUUCGCCGUCAGACGCCGAAGAAGAGCAGACAAGCAUUGUGCUCACCGCCCUCCGUUGGAUCCACGCCUUCUUCGAGAUCUGCCCCGAGGACAUUACGCCGUUUGUCCCCAGCCUGCUCUCACACGUGCUACCGCGCAUGUCGCACGAUGUUGACGAGGUUCGCCAAGAGGCGAUCAAGGUCAAUGCUGCGUUGAUGGACUACAUAAUGUCGCUCUCCGAGGACCGCCCGCCGAAUAGCAACGUUGGAGAUAAGAUCUUGCUGCCGCCUUCACUCUCUGAAUUGGGUAAAGAGCUUACAGGCACCCAGCGGCGCGACUCGAACCUCUCGAGCAGGCUUCUAAAGGCAGUAAUUCGCGAGCAGGUACCAGAAAACAAAGUGGGCACACAGUCACCGACACCAGCAGAGGAUCGUGACCCCUCACCGCGCCAAGUGCCCGAACUGGACUAUCAGGCUGCUGUUAGCGCACUUACCUUGCAGUUCCUCAAUGAGCACGAAGCCACACGAGUAGCGGCUAUUGCAUGGCUGAUCAUGUUGCAUAGGAUGGCGCCUGGCAGGAUACUCACAGUCGAUGAUGGCACUUUUCCCGCCCUACUCAAGACACUCUCAGAUCCCUCUGACGCUGUCGUGACCCGUGACCUGCUACUGCUGUCACAGAUAUCCAUGCACAGCGACGACACCUAUUUCACCUCUUUUAUGGUCAAUCUCUUGAAGCUGUUUUGCACAGAUCGCAGGCUGCUUGAGACACGAGGCAAUCUCAUUAUCAGGCAACUGUGUCUCACACUGAGCGCCGAGAAGAUCUAUCGCACAAUGGCCGAUUGUAUCGCGAAAGAUGAGGACGUCGAGUUUGCGAGCAUCAUGGUUCAAAACCUCAAUAAUAACCUCAUCACGGCACCCGAGCUUGCCGACCUUCGGAGGCGAUUGCGCAACCUAGAAAACAGGGACGGGCAGUCAUUCUUCGUUACACUUUUCAAGGCUUGGUGCCACAAUGCAGUGGCUACUUUUUCACUGUGUCUCCUAGCUCAGGCUUAUGAACAGGCUUACCACCUGCUUCAAAUAUUUGCCGAUCUUGAGAUGACUGUCAACACUCUCAUCCAAAUCGACAAGCUUGUGCAAUUGCUAGAGUCGCCUGUGUUUACGUAUCUCCGCAUCCAGCUUCUCGAGCCAGAGAGGUAUCCGCACCUCUACAAAUGCUUGUACGGACUCCUCAUGCUUCUCCCACAAUCUUCCGCGUUUGCGGCGUUGAAGAACAGGCUGAACAGCGUGUCUGCUAUUGGCUACCUGCACAUUGCUCCACGCACGUAUGUACCCCAAUCCAAUACCCUAAACCAUUUGAGGCAAAAGAGCUCAGAAGUUGGUACCUCCAGCGCACCCCAAGGCCCCUCUGCAUCCGGAUUUGAGCGUCCCAAUCGACUCAAGGCCAGAGAAGAAGGCAGCGUCAAAUGGAACGAGCUCCUCGACAGGUUCAAGGCGACUCAAGAGAAGGCGAGGCGCACCGCGUCACAUGCGACCAUGGGCGAGGACAUGCCAACCGGCCUCGACACGGUCCAGGAGAAAGAAUCGAGAAUUCCACCAGCAGUGCCACCCAAACACGCGGGGCUGCGACCGAAUUCGCCAGCCGGAGCGACGAGGCCACCGGUUACACAAGCCGCAGCGAACGCAGCCCAAGGCCACAAACCCAGAUCUAGUCUCAGUAACCUUGGUCGGUUCGCCGGGGGCGUGGCUGGGCGGAACAAGAAGAAGUAGUGUAGGUGUCUGAGCUGCCUCAUUGUUUACAAGCUUGGCGUAGGUGGCAUCUGAG